UUCUCUCCUCCUUCCCGUGUAAGAUGGUGGUUUGUGCUGCCAGCAGGUAGCCAGCACCUUUACAAGCUGACAGAAAGGCCGGUUGGCUCCGUGACAACCGCUGACAACUGCUAGUGACGGCAGCUUGCUGUAACCGUGUCCCACACAGGCAUACUUGUCCCUCAACAUCCUGGAGAGGAAGCUGCAAUAACACAUAGGCAGGUGCAGCUCCCGUCCCCGUCCUGGACGUCGCCUGAUCCAGUAGUGUGUGUGUGAUCGUAGGAUGUCCCGGAACCCUGGGGUGAAGGACGACCUGAUGGAGUGCCCGCUGUGUAUGGAGCCGUUCGAGAUCGAUGACGUCAACUUCUUCCCCUGCACCUGUGGAUACCAGAUCUGUCGCUUCUGCUGGCAUCGAAUCAGGACGGACGAGAACGGCCUCUGUCCCGCCUGCCGAAAGCCGUACCCAGAAGACCCGGCGGUGUACAAGCCGCUGUCGCAGGAGGAGCUGCAGAGGAUAAAGACGGAGAAGAAGCAGAAGCAGAACGAGAAGAAGCAGAAGAUCACCGAGAACAGAAAGCAUCUGGCCAGCGUCCGGGUGGUGCAGAGAAACCUGGUGUUUGUGGUGGGGCUGUCCCAGAGGCUGGCUGACCCUGAGGUUCUGAGGAGGCCAGAAUAUUUUGGCAAGUUUGGGAAGAUUCACAAAGUGGUGAUCAACAACAGCACAUCGUACGCUGGCUCCCAGGGGCCCAGUGCCAGUGCCUAUGUCACAUAUAUACGUUCAGAAGACGCUCUCCGAGCAAUCCAGUGUGUCAACAACGUAGUGGUCGACGGCAGGACGCUGAAGGCUUCUUUAGGAACUACAAAAUACUGCAGUUACUUUUUAAAGAGCAUGCAGUGCCCCAAACCAGACUGCAUGUAUCUACACGAGCUGGGGGAUGAGGCUGCCAGUUUUACUAAAGAGGAGAUGCAGGCAGGAAAGCAUCAAGAGUAUGAGCAGAAACUACUGCAAGACCUGUACAAAAGCAACCCGACCUUCCUGCAGAGCCCAGCGGUGUCAGGGGACCGGCCGAAGGCCAAAGGCAACUCCUUACAGAGCUCCAGUAAAGAUGGCCUGUCGUCAGACCCCGGGAGGAGUCCUCCAUCAGAGGGCUCAGACUGUGAACACUUGACCCCUACGGGGCCCCAACCUGACCCGAGCCUGGACCCUGUACCGGCCCUCUGCCCUUUCUCCUCACAGCUUGCUAGCCCCAGCCACACACUGACAGACAUCAUCAGUAUAGGCAACGGUGACACCUCACAACUGCUCCGUGGAGGCAGUGAGUCCCCGUCGCCCCCCCCUGGCCUCAGUAAGCCCAGCCUGCUGCUGCCCAUCAGUGUCCCGGGCCACACAGCCCGCUCCCCGUUCGAGGCAGCUCCCGCGGAAUCCCAGUCCCUGUUCUCGGACAACAGUAACUUCAGGCAUCCCAACCCGCUGCCCAGCGGCCUGAGCGGCUUCCCCAGCUCCCCCCACAGCAACGCUGACUGGCCCACAGCGCCAGAGCCACAGAGCCUCUUCACCUCAGAUACCAUGCCAGUGUCGUCGUCCACAGACUGGCAGGCAGCGUUUGGCUUCGGCUCGUCCAAUCAGCAGCAGGAGGACGACCUGGGCUUCGACCCGUUCGACAUCACACGCCGAGCUCUGGCGGACCUCAUUGAGAAGGAGCUCUCUGUUGAAGACAGCUUCGGCUCCGCACACAGAACGCUGGGGCCCCUGGGAGGGCUCCCACCCUCUCAGCACUUCCCACAGCAUCAGCACCCUCGCAGGACGGACUAUAGCUCCUUCAGCUUCCCCUCCCACCCUCCAUCCUCGGCGUCCUCGGCAUCCUGUGGCUCCUGGAUGGCUUCCACCUCUUCACGCAGGAACUUUGUGCAUUUGAACCACGCAGUCAGUGUAACGGCUUUCCCAUCACACAGCAGCUUCUUGGACUUGACAGUGCUGCCAGGACAUCACAGUACUGGGCUUGGAGGAAUCCCCAUCACAGAAAGCAGCAGCUGUGGAGAGAGUCUAAAUGUGAAGGAGUGGCAGGACGGCCUCAGAGCGCUGUUACCCAACAUCAACAUCAACUUUGGAGGGCUGCCCAACUCCACAUCUUCCUCAUUGUCAUCAUCAUCAUCCUCCUCCUCCAGUGUCCAGCACGCGGGGGCCCCGGGGCUUCCUCACAGCCUCUGCUGGGACCGCACAGCCAGAUGGAUGGACCCAGCCAUAAUCACCGGGAUCCCAACCUCCGCUGGCAACGGUCUGGACUCUCUUCAGGACGACAACCCUCCACACUGGCUCAAGUCCCUGCAGACGCUCACAGAAAUGGACGCCCCGCCCAGCUCUGUCUCACAAAAUGGCUCCUUAGGGAGCCAGCCACCCCCCCACAGAGCCGGCUGGGCACAUUACCCGGCUCCUAGCAGCCAGUUCCACUCCCCGCCGCCAGGCUUCCAGACGGCCUUCAGACCCCCAACACAGACCCAGACAGACCUGCUACAGAGCGCCACCAUCGACCGCCACUAGGGACUCUCAACACACACACACACACACAUACACACACACACACACACACACACACACACACACACACACACACACACACACACACACACACACACACACACACACGUGUCGCCACCUGGAACCACACCAAAUAGGCAGAUACAGUAUAAAAAACUAAUAAGAUGAUGAUAAUAAUAAUAAUAAUAAUAACAAUAAUAAUAAUAUAAUGUUUUAAUUUCUUCCUCUGACCAGAUCAUCCACGCUUGUGUUUCGUGUCUCAGUUCGUGAUUGUUGGUAUGAGUAGGUCGAGGCCUGCUGCCCCAGCCACGCCUCCUAACAGACACCCAACCAGAGAGCAAAAAAGCAGCAGCCUUUACCGAAUCUGAAAAAGCUUUUAGCAUCGCAUGGUCCCUUCCAGUCAUGUACUGAAAGUGUGUUCGAGAGAUGCUUUGGAAUCAAAUCAAGCUGCGACAGAUGUGAUGAUUUGAAACGUGAUUGAACAGGUCUCCUGAUAAAUCUCUUCAAUCAGUCUUCACGACAGAAGCAAAUUUCACAACGAGCUGCAUCUGAGAAUCAGACCUUUUGCUUCUUUGAUCAGUAAAUUGAAGGUUCAGUAUGGUUAAGGUAUGGCAGGGAGCAAGGAGCCGCACCGCUUUGGUAUAUAGUAUAUCAACGACAAAAGAUCUGAGGGAGCGUAACACUAUUAUGAGCCCUACACGAUCUGCAAAGUCAACCUUUGAGAGCGGCCAGGCACGAUUUUAUAAGAACAGAAUCCGAUAUGUGACGGGGUUGGGGCUCGUGAGUCGUGAAAACACAGUUUUCGUCCACGCAAGUGAUGCGCACGCUGACGCUUUGAGCUACGCAAGUUUUCAUGUUGUUGUGUUAUGGAAUGUGUCGCCUAAAAAUCACAACGCAAGCUGCAGUGUGAGCAUGGCUGCCAAGUGUGCUAGAACAUGAAACAGUAAGUGAAAGUUGGACCUAUUUUGGGUUCCCUUCCGCUCAGAAUAACCACGGCUGACCACACUGUUGAACACGUCCGUAUGCGGCAUAUUCACAUCCCGUCCUCUCUUUCUCUCAUCUUCCUUCUGUGCAGAAAGCACAGCAGUAAACGUUCCUGCUACUGUGGUCAUGGAAACGCUCUUACUAGCUGACGUUUGUUACCCCCACCAGUGCGUAAGAGUGCACGUUCAGUAUGUUCACCGGGGUUUGUGCCGGCUCAGCCAGGCGUGGUCAUAUGUGUUCCAUGUUUCUGCCCUAACAGAUGAUUUAAGUGCACGUAUACAGUACAUUGAGAGCACAGUGUCACCUGAUCAAUUUGAAGUGAAGGCUCAUCCUGUUUAGACCCCUCCUACUUUCAAAAUAAAAGCUGGGUCAGUAAUCUCAGAGACACGGCAUCUCAUACUCAAGAGAGACCUGACUUUAUAUCAGUGGCUAGUACAUCACACCUAGAUCUCUGACUGAAGUGUCAAGUUUGUUUACAGGAGAAGACUUUGUGCAAUAAAACCGGUAUCUCUGGUUCUGCUGCAUCAAUGAACUGUCCACCAUUGGAUCUGACGGUAUUAUAGUAGCACUAAAUCAGUGGAGUUCUGUUUUAAUUCACAGGAUCAGGAAAACAGCGUAGACUUAUUAAUGAUCGGAAGAGUUGCAAUUUAUGUAUGCCUGUAUACUAGUCUCCACUACAGGGCGGGACCUACUUUAAAACGGACGCACCCACGCUUCUGUUCAUACUACAGAGUAGGGUUGGGCAUCAAGAACCGGUUCCAACUUGGAAUCGUUUCAGAAAUGACCAUUCCAAUGGAUUUUUUUUUUUUUUAUUGGAAUAGUUUGGAAAAAAUUUGUUUUGAAUCUGAUCAUCGGUCGUGUUGAAUGGCUUUAUUUCAUGUUGAAGAAGCCCGUUAAAAGUGUAAAUCACCAUUGAAUCCUCUUAUCUGUGAAAUAAGCAUGUGACCCCCAUAAACUAGAGAUGGUCCGAUACCAUUUUUUGCUUCCCUAUUCUGAUACCUGAACUUGCGUAUCGGCUGAUACCGAGUACCGAUCCGAUACCAGCGUGUCAUAUAUUUUAUGUUGUAACAACUGAAUACUACUAUCCCUGUAUGGACGUGACAUGAUUGCUAUCAUUGUUGUUGGCCUGGCUCAGGUUAAACUCUUUGUGAAAUAUGAACAAACAAUGAUAUAGCCAUAGAACUUUCUUUUAUUAUCCAGUUUGACAGGUCAUAACAGAAAAAGAACAUCAAUAAACCUCUUUUAAAGUAGAUUUUCUUCGGGUCCAAAUUACGUGGUAUCUGAUCGGUUCAUAAAGUCCAGUACAUUCCGAUACUGAUACCAGCAUUUUCAGGCAGCGUUGGAAGUAUUUUUUAUUCCCAAUACUGGUAUCGUAACAUCUCUAGUUUCAACUCCACCCCUCAAAGAAUCAGAAUCGAUAAGAGCCGGAAUCGAGAUUGGAAUCAGAAAUGUUGAAAUCCAAACGCUGCCCAACCCUACUACAGACGGCGUCUGGGUUGCGUGUGUCCCCCCCGCAGACAUGGAGAGAGCGUUUGGGUCUGUUCCGUAGACUGCAGGUGGUGUAUCGGCACGGCCGUUGCGCUGCCGAUAGAUAUCGAGCGCGUGUUGGCCAGACCUCUGUAUCAGAGGGUUGAAGCUGGACAUGUGAAGGAUGUGGUUCAGCACGGUCAGUGCCACUGUGUGGCGCUCCGUGCCUGGCCCGCCUCCAGACCCCUCGGCCAGUGCCCCAGCUCUCUAUGACAGCUUCAAGCCUCACCUGCCUGAGCGAUGAGACGUUAAGGGCACUCACUUGUGGUUUGUGCUUGUGUUAUGUGGACUUGUUGAGACAGGAAAGCUCCUAGUUUAGCCUUCGUUUGUUGAGUGUGUCAGCUUUUAGAUAUUUAAAUCGAAGUGAAGAGUUUUUUUAUUUGUAACAUUUUGAAAAAAAAACAAAUGUUUUGAUUGGACUGGGCUGCAGCAGGAAGCUCUCUCUCACAGGACUCUUUCCAUAUACGUUUUCAUUUCAGAAGAUUGGUUGAUUGUUUAGGCGCCGUGUGCUGGGAUAGUAGAGCUUCAACUCAUACCACCACGAGGUACACAUCACGUACCCCUGUAUCAUCCAAAUGCUACAAUCUGUGACGGUCCUGACAACUUGAAUAAGUCAACAGUAUUCUUGAGGAUUACAAGCUAACAUGUUUUCACAAUGUCCAAACGUCUAAAAAUGAAGCGCCGAGGUCUGGAGCACAAAACCAACUAAAUAUGAAAUAAAAGAGCAAAUAUCAA